AUGAAUUUUGAAAAAGUAAUACGACCCUGGUUCUUGAUCACCAUCUCGCCUGACAAGCCUCCAUUGGUAGCUAAUAAAGACAUUCGGAUACUCCCGUUAGCAGCUGUAAACAAGCUAGGGAUACAGAAAUCCCUCAACGCUGUCCAACGAAGAUUCGCGCAAAAACUGUGCAAGGCAUAUCGUACCGUCUCCCUGAACUCAGCUCUGGCGUUGGCUGGGAUACUGCCUCUCGACCUUCGCAUCCGCGAAGCAGCUUCAUUGUAUGAAGCAAAAAGAGGGGUAGCGCAGCCGAUGCUUCGGGGCAGGGAGGUGGAACGAAUGAACUCGGCACUGACAUCUCCGCAUCCUGCCGAGCGCAUGGAGCUGGAGAUACAAUGCCUGGUGGACCAGGAACAUGUAGACUUAAACAGCGAUUUUGAUUUACGCAUUUACACCGACGGCAGUAAGAUUGAGGGUAAGGUCGGCGCUGCGCUAUCCUUAUGGGAAGGCGCGGCAGAGACCAAAGCCCUCAAGCUUACUUUGUCGCCGGUUUGUACCGUAUACCAGGCGGAGCUUCUAGCUCUUUGUAGAGCAACACACGAGGCUGCUGAACACAGGGCAAAAAGUAUUGGAAUUUAUUCUGACUCUUUGUCGGCGCUUCAAACAACAGCAAAUUGGAACGCCCUCCAUCCCCUGGCUGUCGAAGCACGAGAGAACCUGCGGAAGGCUUUGCUUCGGAGCAAACGUAUAAGUUUGUUCUGGACCAAGGCCCACGCAGGAUUAGAGGGAAAUGAACGCGCCGACAAACUCGUCAAAGAAUCCGCGUUGCGAUCAAAAAGAAGACCUGACUAUGACCGGUGCCCAGUUUCCUUCGUCAAGCGGAGCAUAAGGAUGCGAUCGCUUGACGAAUGGAACCAUAGGUACAGAGGAGGUGAAACAGCCGGAGUAACAAAAAUCUUCUUCCCUGAUGCGCUGACGGCGUACAGGGUUAUCAAGAAGGUAAAUAUUGAUGGGGUGACGACGCAAAUGCUCACAGGGCAUGGUGGCUUCUCUGAGUUCUUGCAUCGUUUCAAGUGCAGAGAGAAUCCAUCAUGCAUCUGUGAGCCCGGAAAACCAGAAUCAGUACCCCACCUUCUACUGGAAUGCCCGGUGUACGCUCGGGAACGCUUAGAGCUGGAAAUUAGGCUAGGCAAAGAAAUCUCGUUACAAAAUAUAUGUUAUAUAAUGGAAGACAGGGAGAGAGACAUAUUCCUAGAUUACGGUAGGCAAAUCUGUAGAAAAACAAUAAAUAGAAAUAAGUAG